UGUAGGGACAACGGCGGUAGAUGCUGUCCCAUCAUCAGUUCACACCCAACGGCGCUGCAGCGCACCGCUCCGCGGACUAGACCAGCAUGACACCCAGGUUCAAAACCUUAAACUGAGCCACAUCGGGACCAAGGAUAUCCCGAGGACAGCAAGGAAGGGACGUGGAUAUACACGCAAGCGGGCGUACAUUCGGAAACGCCGACAGAGGAAGAACUCCACUGCGCAGCAAGGUAGCGGUUCUCUCUCCAGAAACGUGUACAAGUUGGACAAGAAAUACACCAUCCUCCCUCGUAUCACAUCACGCCUAAACAUGUCAUCAUCGGGCAAGGAGGCCAACAGCGGGCAUUGUGCCAACUAUGUGGGACCCUACCGCUUGGAGAAGACGCUGGGAAAAGGACAAACAGGACUUGUCAAGCUGGGCAUCCAUUGUGUCACAUGCCAGAAGGUUGCUAUAAAAAUAGUCAACAGAGAAAAGCUCAGCGAGUCUGUUCUUAUGAAGGUUGAGCGGGAGAUAGCCAUUCUGAAACUCAUAGAACAUCCACAUGUAUUAAAGCUUCAUGAUGUCUACGAAAACAAGAAAUACUUGUACCUGGUGCUAGAGCAUGUGUCUGGUGGAGAGCUUUUUGACUACCUCGUCAAGAAAGGCCGGUUGACGCCUAAAGAAGCAAGAAAAUUCUUCCGACAGAUCAUAUCAGCCCUCGACUUCUGCCACAGCCAUUCUAUAUGCCACCGAGACUUGAAGCCUGAGAAUUUGUUAUUAGAUGAGAAGAACAACAUUAGGAUAGCAGACUUUGGCAUGGCCUCUCUGCAGGUUGGGGAGAGUCUACUAGAAACCAGCUGUGGAUCGCCGCACUACGCCUGCCCAGAGGUUAUCAGGGGGGAGAAGUAUGAUGGCCGAAAAGCAGACGCAUGGAGCUGUGGAGUCAUCUUGUUUGCACUCUUAGUGGGCGCUUUGCCUUUUGAUGACGACAACUUGAGGAAUCUUUUGGAGAAAGUGAAACUUGGAGUUUUCCACAUGCCUCACUUCAUUCCUCCGGAAUGCCAGAAUCUCCUUCAGGGGAUGAUUGAAGUGGACGCUUCCAAGAGACUGACGUUAGAGCAGAUUCAGAAGCAUACAUGGUACCUAGCUGGAAAGAAUGAACCCGAGCCCGAACAACCCGUCCCCAGGAAAGUGGCCAUCAGGAUGCUGGCUACAGUAGAAGAGAUCGACCCCGAUGUCCUGGAGAGUAUGCAUUCUCUAGGCUGCUUCAGGGAUAAGGACAAGCUGACCAAAGACCUGCUUUCUGAUGAUGACAAUCAGGAAAAGAUGAUCUACUUCCUUCUCCUUGACCGCAAGGAAAGAUAUCCAAGCCACGAGGACCAGAACCUGCCUCCACGCAAUGAGAUUGACCCUCCCAGGAAGCGUGUGGAUUCACCCAUGCUGAGUCGGCACGGGAAGCGGAGACCAGAGAGGAAGUCAAUGGAGGUGCUUAGCGUCACAGAGGGAGGAUCACCUGUCCCAGUACGGCGAGCUAUUGACAUGGCAACUCAUGGUCAAAGGUCACGUUCAAUCAGUGGCGCGUCCUCUGGUCUGUCCAUCAGUCCACUCAGCAGUCCAAGGGUUACCCCCCAUCCUUCCCCCAGAGGCAGCCCUCUCCCCACUCCCAAAGGCACCCCAGUGCACACACCAAAGGACAGCCCAACUGGCACACCUAGUCCAACACCUCCACCCAGCCCCUCGAUCGGCGGCAUGCCCUGGAGGACGCGCCUCAACUCCAUCAAGAACAGCUUCCUGGGCUCCCCUCGUUUCCAUCGCAGGAAAAUGCAAGUGCCCACACAGGAGGACAUGUCUAGUCUCACCCCGGACUCUUCUCCAGAACUUGCAAAAAAAUCUUGGUUUGGUAACUUCAUCAACUUGGAGAAGGAGGAGCAGAUCUUCAUUGUGAUCAAAGACAAACCUCUCAGCUCCAUAAAAGCAGACAUUGUCCACGCUUUCCUCUCUAUACCCAGUCUGAGCCACAGUGUCAUAUCCCAAACUAGCUUUCGAGCUGAGUACAAGUCCACGACUGGUCCAACAGUUUUCCAGAAGCCUGUGAAGUUCCAGGUGGACAUCACCUACUCAGAGAGUACCUGUGCCAGCAAGGAGAACGGCAUCUAUUCUGUCACCUUCACACUGCUCUCAGGUCCCAGCCGACGUUUCAAGCGUGUGGUGGAGAUAAUUCAGGCCCAAUUGCUCAGCUCCAAUGACCAGUCAGGCAUCCAGCCCCCAAUCUCUGGCAGCCCGUUGAGUAACUUCUUUGACGUAAUUAAACAGCUUUUUUCAGACGACAAGAACACCCAAGCGUCCCACUCCCCCGGUGCUCCCGUCGAGUCUAGCUCCCCUGACAAGCAUGCUCCCGGCAGCAAGCCCCACCAGCCUCCGCCCAAAGACUCGAAAUGCCUUGCUGGCAAAGACAAAACAAAGAUGGCCACCAGCAACAGGACACAAGAACAACCUUAAGGAGCAGUAGCUGUGUAUAUCUAGAUGAAAAAGGUUGUUAACAGGUCCUGAAACAAGAUGGAGAGCCGCUUAUGUUGCCCUUAUCUAAAGGGCUCCCAUCUGGGAGACACAACUCAACUACUUCAUCUUUACCUAUGGAUUUUAUACAGCUUUAUGGGAAUGGCUAUUUCAAUUAAUUUGUAGCAAAUGUACUGUAGCUUUGCUAGCUCAACCUUCUGUCACAAUCGCUGUCCUGGGGGGUGUUCACUAGCUUUGUGUGGUCCUCCUAUGUUUGAUAGCUUAACUUGUCUCUGCCACCAGGGAUCAUCCACAAUAACUAUUAACCCCGGCACGUCCUUGAGAACCUGCUCGCUCCUCUCCGUCACCACAAGCGUCUGCAGAACAGACUGAGCAUCCACCCUCACUUUUCUCCACUUCCAACUCUUCAAGCCUUUUGUCAGUCCAUUCCGCCCACCAGACAAAUCUCUUCCUGAAAGAGUUGUAUAAAAG